AUCCAAGAAUAAGGAGAAAUUGACCACCGCAAUGCCAAAAUUGCAAAAGAAGCCAAUUGAGACAAAGGUGAUGAAGGGAGAAACCAAGACCUCCACAGUUAAUCCUAGCCUCGACGACAGCAACAAAGAAUCGAAUACCAUUGAAUUCCACAAUGACAAUACCUUGAAUGUCAACGAUCAGGACGAUGAUGAGGACGACGAUGAGAAUUACGAUGACGAAGAUGAUGACGAAUUCGACAAUGAAAACGAUAUUAAUGACGAUGAUGAUGAUGCCAGCUAUACCGAUAGUGUACCAUGCCCACGCUAUUGUGUGUGUGAACGUAAUAUUAACAGCUAUUUGGUGGCCUACUGUAGUCGCAUCGAUGCUGGUACCCAGAAAUUCGGUAAAGACAUCACCGAUUUGGUUGUCACCGAUGUUGGACCCAAAUAUCCCAUUCUCUUGGGACCCAACUUCUUCUUGCAACUGGGCCUGAAACACGUAUCCUCCAUUAAGAUCUCCAACUGUACCAUUGAAUAUUUGCAUCCUGAGGCUUUCAAUGGUUUGGAUGAUUUGUUCUCGGUGAAUUUGACCAAUGUUGGUUUGGCCCUUAUCAAUCCCGAUACCUUUGCCAAGAAUAAGAAAUUGCGUAUGCUGACCAUUUCAGGCAAUGAUUUGAGCAUUAUGUCCAGUGUACACUAUUUGUUGAGCUCUUCCAGCAUUGAGGAAUUGGAUUUGUCACGCAACAACCUCAUGGAAUUGAACCCAAAUGCCUUCUCCAAAUUGUCCAAUGUAAUCUACAUUAAUUUGUCACAAAACAAUUUGCAAAAGAUUCCCGAUCAUGUCUUCGACACCAUUGAUACCAUCGAAGAAUUGGAUUUGUCCUAUAACUCGUUGAAGACAUUACCACCUGCCAUCUUCAAUAAAACCGCCUUGGCCAUUUUGCACUUGAAAUACAACUCGAUUUCCAAUGAUUUGCGUUUUGGUACCUCCGAUUUGCAACAAUUGGAUUUGAGCUUCAAUCAAAUCCAUACCGUCCAUCAUGGCAUGUUCGAUAAAAUGUCCAGCCUGACCAAUUUGAAUCUGAAAGGCAAUGGUUUGACCAAAAUCCAACCCGACUCCUUCUUGACCCUCAAGAAUUUGCGUCACAUUGAUUUGUCCAUCAACGAAUUGGAACAGGUUUCCAGCAUGAUGUUCUACAAGAAUUCCGAAUUGGAUGUUAUCCGUUUGAAUGACAAUCCCCGUUUGAGCCAAUUGCCCACCGAUGGUUUCCGCAGCUACAAUGGCUAUUUCACUGUCUACUAUUUCGAUAUCUCCAAUUGUGCCAUUAGCUCUUUGGGCCACAGAACUUUCUCGACAAUGCCCCACUUGGCCACUUUGAAAUUGGCCUGGAACAAUAUCAACAAUUUGGAUCGUGAUACCUUUGCCAACCUCAAAAAAUUGGUCGAUUUGGAUUUGAGCAAUAACCUCAUUGCCAAACUGGAUGAGCUGAUCUUUAUGAACAACAACGAUUUGUCCAAGUUGAAUUUGGCCGGCAAUCCCAUCCACAAGUUGUCCGUCCGCCUAUUCUUGCCAUUGAACAAAUUGCGUGAAUUGGAUGUCAGCGAUUGUGAAUUGAAGACCCUGUUGGUUGACAAUCAAUAUGGCGUUGGACGCAAAUACAAAUUCUAUGAAACCCUCCGCUCGUUCAAUGUCUCCUCCAAUCAAAUCCACAAGAUCCACUCCAGUGAUGUCCGCCAGUUCAAGAAUUUGAGAAGCUUGGACAUCACCAUGAACCCCUUGAAGUGUAACGAAGAUUUCCAAGAUUUCAUCAGCUAUGUCUCGUUGAAUACCCAAAUGAUGCCACACAAAAUGCAAAGCUUGGAGAAUUUGGAUAGUGAUAGUAGUGUGUUGCAACAUCAGGCACAGGCUGGCUGGUCCGCUUUGGCCCAUGAAGUGUGCAAACAUGAAGAUUUCUCGCACAAAAAGAAUUUGGGUGAAGAUAAGAUUGAAGAACGUCUGGAAGAGAAUGACAAGGAUUUGGAUGAUGAUGUCAAGAAUUUGUUGAGCAUUAUGGAGAAGAGACGUUUGGAUAAGAUUAUGAGAGAUUCUCGUAAAUCAUUCCAUGAUGGUAAUAGCCGCAAUGAUGACAAUAUUGAUGAUUUCAAUGCUAAGAACAACAAUUCGGAAGAAGAACUGGAAAAGGAAGAUAAUGUCGAUGAUGAAAGUAACUAUGAUGAUGAAGAGGAUGAUAACACUGAAGACGAUGAGGAGGAUGAUGAAAUCUACGAUGAUUACAAUAAGAAGGCUGACAUUUCUAAGAAUAUCAAGGAUCAUGGUAUUCGUGUUGAAGAAGUAGAUUUGGAGAAGGAAACCAGAGAUGAUCGUUUGUUGAAGGAGGACGAUGAAGAUGAUGACGACGACGAUGAUGAUGAAUAUGAAGAACGUAUCAUUGAACGUGGACGCAUCUAUUAUGGUGGUUACGGCUUCUUUGUCCCUGUCAUUAUUAUUGUUACCUGUGUGCUGAUCGUUCUCUUGGCCAUUGCCAAGGUUGUAUCGAUGAUUAUGCGUAAACGUGGCGAACGUUAUCGUAUGUCAUUGUUGCAGGCUCGUAAUAAUUCCAUAGUCUAUCAGAAGCUUUCCGAGGAUAUUGUGCCACCCAAAGAGCCUAAACAGCCCAAAGUACAUCGAUAUGCACCGAUUAGCAGUGCCUAAAUGCAAAAAAUAGGCAGCUAACGAGGGAGAUAUAGG